AUUUGAACAGAGUACAUACAUUUGCGAUCUGUCUGGUUUUUGGUUUUUGGUUUUUCUCCUCUGGUGAGAAAUAUGGCCAGUUUAUCUUCAUUCAAUCGAUUUUCAUGUGAGACGGUCUCAAUCAAAUCUUCAGUGACUCGAUCCAGCACUAAUCUCGUAGGUCUUCCUGCAAAUUCCGUAGCGUUUUGCUUUGGGAAACCGUCUGAAAGUUCGAAGAUCUCAUCCGGAUUGGUUCUCAAGGUGAGGCCGAGUUUUAGAGUGGAAGCCGUUCCGAGUGAAGACGAGUGGGGAUCAGAAACUGGCGAAUUUGACGUCGCGGUCGAGGCUAAUUCCGCCGCCGUUGCGGUGGAGGAGCCGUCUGAAAUCGAUAUAUUGAAGAAACAGCUGGUGGAUGCGUUUUACGGAACGGAUAGAGGACUUAAGGCUACGAGCGAGACUAGGGCUGAAGUUGUGGAGUUAAUCACGCAGCUUGAAGCUAAAAACCCUACUCCGGCUCCUACCGAUGCACUUACUCUUCUCAAUGGCAAAUGGAUUCUGGCGUACACAUCAUUCUCUGGUCUGUUUCCUCUGUUAUCAAGAUCAUUGCCACUGGUAAAAGUGGAGGAGAUUUCACAAACCAUAGAUUCAGUUGACUUCACCGUCCAAAACUCCGUCUUGUUUUCUGGACCACUGGCCACCACAGCCAUUAGCACCAAUGCCAAAUUUGAAGUUCGAAGUCCCCUGCGCGUUCAGAUAAAAUUUGAAGAGGGGGUAAUUGGGACUCCCCAGCUGACGGAUUCGAUAGAGAUACCGGAAAACGUGGAAAUAUUUGGACAGAAAAUAGAUCUGACGCCGUUCAAAGGGAUAAUCACGUCGGUUCAAGACACGGCUUCAUCGGUGGCCAAGACCAUCUCUAGCCAACCGCCGUUGAAGUUCUCGAUAACGAGUAGCAAAGCGGAGUCAUGGUUGCUCACCACUUACCUUGAUGAAGAACUAAGGAUCUCCAGGGGAGAUGGCGGCAGUGUCUUUGUACUCAUCAAGAAUGGAAGCUCUCUCUUAAAUUUCUAAACUGCCAUACUUAUUUGCUUUGUCUUGUACCCUACUACUGCCUCUAUUCUAUACAUACAUACAUACUUACAACUUUGAUUAAUAUUCUCAUUUCUCUUGUUAAAUGCUA